AUGGUUUUAAUUGGAGGGUUAGAGGCAACUUUGAUAAUAGUAGUCAUUUCUACAUGGAUCUGCUACAAGAAGAGGAAAGAACAAAUCCUUCCUGCUAUGAAAAAUGAGUCGAACGAGUCAUUCUCGAAGCAUUCCUCCUCUCAGAAGAUUUCUAUCAAAGAAGUUUAUUCAGCAACAAACCAUUUCGAUGCAUCAAACUUCAUUGGCCAAGGCAUAGCUGGAAAAGUAUACAAGGGUCUUCUCUCAAAUGGCCAGCACGUCGCAGUUAAGCAUAUUAUCAACGAUGGACAGAUCGAAACUUUUGUCCGGGAAGUCAGAAGCUUAUCUCAUAUUAAGCAUCCGAACCUCGUAGCUCUGGUCGGCUAUUGUGAGAACGAGGAUGAAUGCUUCCUAGUGUAUGAACUGUGCCAUCAUGGGAACCUAUCAGAGUGGCUAUAUGGAAAGGAUAAAGCUCUUUCAUGGAUUCAAAGACUCGAGAUUGCAAUAGACAGUGCAAGGGGACUCUGGUUUCUCCAUACUUAUCCGGAAGGUUGCAUCGUUCAUCGUGAUAUCAAGCCAACAAACAUCCUGAUUAAUGAUAAAUUUCAAGCAAAACUAGCAGAUUUCGGAUUGUCUAAAGUUAUGGAUAUAGGUCAAUCCCAUGUGAGCUCAGAAGUGAGAGGGACGUUUGGUUAUGUUGACCCUGAGUACCGUAGAAACCGCCAUGUGAACGCAUCCGGUGAUGUUUACAGUUUCGGUAUAGUACUUCUACAACUUUUGUCGGGGCAGAGGGUGCUCAAUAUGAAUCUUCACACACCACUGUCUCUAAGUAAAACGGCAAGAAAACUCACCAGAGAUGGGGACAUAAGCAAAUUUGCAGACCCGAAACUUAACGGGGAGUACUCGUUAGAAGCUUUCGACAUCGUACUCAAGCUAGCUUUGUUAUGUAUAGGGAUAAAGCAGGAAAGGCCAUCCAUGGAGCAAGCUGUAGUAAGACUACAUAAAGCACUUCAUAUCACAAUACAAGCAAAGCCAGUUGCAUCCAAUGGAACGAUAACAUACUAAAGUUUCAAAGAGGAAACACAAGAGACAUAAAUCUUCAUGUUUGUAGAGAUUUUAACAUAAUCUUAUUAAAAAAACAUGGACGAAGAAUC